AAAAAUCGAAAUCCUUGUUACUAUAUAAAACCUAUCAGCCCCAUCAAGAACUCGCAAAAUCGAUGAUCAGUGACAAGAACUAGAGAAAAUGAAACCCAUUGACGAGAAGAAGGAUAAGGUGGUGAUAAGGGCAGUGUCCCAUGACGAAGAAGGAAGGAAAAGAGUGGAAAAGACAGAGCUACAUACGCACAACAAAGACACUAUCAAGUACGUCGAAAAGAAGCUCAUGGACAAGGGUGUUCACCGCAUGGACAGGCAUCCGGUUGACGGGAUCGGUGGGAUACGGAAACCGCCGCCCAAGUCAGGACACGGUGGAAAGUACACGUGGGAAGGACCUGAGGACAUGGCGGAGAGCGAGCUGGACGCGGCGCCGCCGGCGAUUGAUGAGAAGGAUCCGAACUAUGUGGAUGAGGAAAAGGAGGAGAAGCUACUGAGAGGAGAAGAGGGUGAAUUGGUUGUUGGAGAGGUGGAGGUGGCUAAAGAGGCAAAAGAGGGAGUGGCAAGAAUUGAGGUUGAUCCUCACUUGAAGGUUUAAUUUGUAUAUUUGUGUUGUUUUGGUUUUGGUUUCCUUUGACAUGAAAAAUGUGUAAUUCAGGUGAUGAAAUAAUUACUAAAUUAAUUUGAAAAAAAAUAUUCUGUUAAUUUGA